AUGCGUGACCGGAUUUGUAGGGACUUCAUUAAGCCCACCUCUUUCCGGCCUGUAGCCAGCUUUACUCGACCUCUCUAUCCAAUGAUCUCGAUUCACCGUAGAACCUCUGGCUCAAACGGACCAGAGGGCCUACGGAUGCGGACAGUCAGGGGUCAGAGUGUUGGGUGGGCUCAGCAAAUCGCGGUCGUGUUGGGCUUGUGCAAUCUGUCCGAGCCCCAACUCGUCGUCCGGGCCACGGAUCUCCUGGGCUGGCAAGAGCCGUCGAGAGAAGCCUUACUACCCCAGCAACCACCCACAUUCCUCACCUACGGCCUACACGACCACCCUCAGAAUCGGUUCAGCAUCAUUAUCACUCUUGUUCUCGCUGCAAUAGUUUCCAUUGCGUUCAGCACUAGUCGCCUGACAAUCGUCGUCGGCAUCGCAACUUAG